AUGAGUUUAGGACUAAAGGAUAAACUGUUUAUGGAGAAACAUGGAUUCACCUUCCAGAAGAUCCUUGGAGAGGGACAAUACGGCAAAGUGGUGAAAGCCUCUUCGAACCGCAUGAGGCAGGACUUUGCUGUGAAGAUCAUAGACAGGAAAAACGCAGAGCCCAUUUAUCUGGAGAAGUUUCUGCCCAGAGAAUUAGAAAUCAUGAAGUGUCUGAAGCAUCCGAACGUCAUCAAAACAUUUUGCGUAUUUAAAGGGAGCGGCAGCAAGGUGUUUGUGGUGACGGAGUUGUGCGACAUCGGAGACCUUUCUAAGCACAUAAAAGCCAAAGGCCCACUGUCUGAGGAGUUCAGUAAAAGAGUCUUCGUCCAGCUCUGCGACGCCGUUCAGUAUCUCCACGGAAUCGGCAUCGUGCACCGAGAUCUGAAAUGCGAAAAUCUAGUUUUGGAUCGAAAUAACAACAUUAAAGUGUGUGACUUCAGCCUGAGCAAGAGACUGAGCUACACAGACGGACAACCGGAUUUAAGCAAAACCUGCUGCGGCACCAGUAACUACAUCGCUCCAGAGAUCUUACGCAGUUUAGCAUACAACCCCGUAGUGACUGAUGUCUGGAGCAUGGGGGUAAUCCUGUUUAAAAUGCUCUACGACGCCUUUCCAUUCUCCUCAACGAGAGCUCUCAAGAUGGCGCACGUUAAAAUGACACGCCACAUAAAUUUCCCAGACACGCCCCACGUCUCACUCGAGGCCGUGGAGCUGAUUCUUCAUACUUCACCCAAACGUGGCGCAUCGGACCAGCAUCCCCCGCAUCCUGGAGGGUCCGUGGAUGAUGCAGGACGAGCGGGUAGAGGGCGCCGCCGAGUCUUCCGAAGCAAAACGAGGAGAGAAGACUGGCGAAGAUAA